ACAAACACCGCCAAAAUGACGCUUGGAGUUGGAAUAAAGCUGACUGUGGAAACACAGAAUGAGUAUGCGCCGUCCUACUACGAAGUGGGAAACAAAACCGCUUGCCUGGCCACUGGUUUCAGCAGAUACAAUGCAACAAAAAGCCAUCCAGACAAUCUCUUUUCUGAUAAGACGAUGAAUGCUACUCUGAUAUCAGGAGACUCGCUGUACAACCAGGUGGUUUUGUUAUCAGACGAAGGAAAAUGUGAACCAGAGGGUACUCAAGCUGAGAACUGUGAAGAUACGCUGGAACCAGAUCCAAUGGUGAACCUCAUGGCUCUUAUUAUCUUGGGCCUCAGACUGCUCUUUCUCAAGACCAUCGUCUUCAACGUCCUAAUGACUUUUCGACUGUGGAUCAGUCAAUAAACUGCUGACCAUCACCAGACAACAACUCCAAGACUGUGGAGACUGUGAUCCAACUUCACAGAACGACUCUCUGAUCUAUUUGAUGAAACAGAAGCUUCAUUUCUUCCUUCAUCUGCAUCUCAUACAUCUGCAUCAUGUAUAGUAACAUGUAUAAAUAUCAUAUCUCCUGUUAAUCUGUUAUUAUCAUACUGUUGACAGACAUGAAGGUAUCCUGUAAUACACAACACAACAUAAUACAUGAAAUCUUUACUAUGUUGAAGAAGUUUUUUUGUUGCUUUUGAUGAAUGAAUUUCAACUCUUUCUGUCCUGCUGAUGUAAAUAUCACAGUUACAUUUAACAAUCUGAUUGUCUGCUAUUUCCUGUGUGAAGCUGUUAUAAUAAAAACUGUAGAAACAGA